GGCCGCCCCGAGUCAUCUUCAAGGGAGGCGAGAGGCAGGACGGGCGGGCCUCAACCUCACACUCAUUUCGCUUUCCAGUCUCUCUUUUCUCUGGUUUAUGUUGUUAUUAGUGUAUCUUCUGGUUCUUAAAGCUACAAAUUCAUAGUUGUGACGCGUGCAAGCUGCCCCCUGUUUGUCUGUUGGGUCCGACGAGUCCACCCGAGAGUUCAUUCAGCUUCGUUACAAACUGCGCCACUUGUUCAACGGCAGGAAGCACCAGUGUGAGAAGGCCUACAGCCGCAUUGUGGAUGAGCUUGGGCUGAGGAAUGUGAUAUCACCCACACAGGCCAGGAAAAAAUGGUCCAAUCUCCUUCAGAAGUAUAUGGACAUCAAAGGCGGCUACUCCACAGCAAGCCCUGACUGGCCAUACUUUCAAAUCCUCGACCAAAUUGUUCCGUUGAUGCGUAAGGAGAAAAUCGAGAAACUUCCCUCUGGUGUUGACGGACGAGAUCUUGAAGGCCUCCCUAGCCCCCUCACCUCCACCACCCCUGACCCCGACACCCCCACUAUGCCUGGGGUGACGGAGACCACCACCACUGCUGCUGGGGCUGAGAAAUGCAAGGUGGAGGCAGCGGACGCCACGAGUGAGCCCCCAAGGAAGAGAGGAAGGAGUCGGCGUGCUGCCCAGCGUGCGAGGGACCGCUGGUGGGGGGCCGUGGAGGACAGUGACCUGGGGGUGGAGUCUGGGGCGGGGUCUGGGGGCUCGCGGGGUGAAGUGGCGCCCCAGGUCCCCCAAAAGAUGACCUCCGUAGACAGCCUGGAGCCCUCUCAGAUGGAGCUGCAGACCUUCAACAUGUUGGAGACGUGUUCGACGGCCCUCACGGAGAUCAGGGACGUGUUGAAGGCACACACAGAACGGCAGGAGAGGUUCAUGCAGAGCCUUCAGCAAACCAUCACCAACCAAAACAACACUGUGAAGGAAGUCCUGAGCACCGUGUCAACCCAGAACGCCACACUAAUCAGCCUCAUCACGCAGCUCACCUCCGCCACCACCCUCGCCAGCACCUCCACCAACACCUCCGCCAAGGCCACCCCACAGCACCCUCCUCCUCUAGGCAUGGCAACAGGCAGUGGAGGCGCCUACACUGACGACACCCUCCACCAACACAGCCACGGCCACAGCCAGCAGGACCCACCACAGCAACAGCAGCUCCUCGCCUCACAGCAAAGCCUGAUGAGUGCCUUGACGCAGCGACAGGCCCAGCAGCAAUGCGACAGCCCCAUGGUGGACAGCCCCGAGCUCACAGACUCCAUCUCUGGCUUGUAAGGGGCUGGAGGAAGAGGAGAGAGAAUGGGAUGAGAGGGAGAGAUUGAAGUGAGAGGAGCUGAGGAAGGAAAGAGAAAGGGCUGAGAAUAGAGAGAUGAGAAGAAAAGGAGGAGGGAAAGGAGAGGAAGAGGAGAGUGAAGGGAAGAGUAUUAUAAGCUUGGAACAGGCUGGGGAAGGAUUUAUAAGGGGAUUGAAAAGGAGAAAGGGAAGGGAGAAGGGAAAGGAGAGUGAAGGGAAGAGUAUUAUAAGCUUGGAACAGGCUGGGGAAGGAUUUAUAAGGGGAUUGAAAAGGAGAAAGGGAAGGGAGAAGGGAAAGGAGAGGAAGAGGAGAGUGAAGGGAAGAGUAUUAUAGGCUUGGAACAGGCUGGGGAAGGGAAGAGGGAAAGAAGAGGAGAGAAUGAAAGGAAUAGUGUUAUGGGCUUGAAAUGGGCUGGAGAAGGAGAGGUUAAGAGUUAAAAAGGAAAGGGAAGGGAGAGGGAGAGGAGGGGAGAGUAGAAAGUGAGGGGUAGUGUUAUAGGCUAGUAAAGUAUAGGGUAUUAAUGUUAAAAGUGUGUAAGAAAUAUAUAUCUACCAUUAUAUAUAUUUCCUUUUAUUUGCGUCUCUUGUCAAGGAAGAGGAUGACCAAUUUCUUGCACUUUCUUAUUGAUGGUUUAUGUGACAGCUGUAGGAAUGUCAUGAUGUGUGUGUGUGUGUGUGUGUGUGUGUGUGUGUGUGUGUAAACAGGUCUAUCAAGUGUAUGUUUGUUUUAAUUUGUGGGUGUUUGUGAUAUAAUAAUAAUAAUUGAAAUAUAUAAGUUUGUUUGAAAGGAUGGUGUGUGUGUUUGUUGAUGUAUUAUGUCAGUUUUUGGAUAAUCAUAGUGUUUUAAGAUGUGUGUGUGUGUGUGUGUGUGUGUUUCCUCAUCUAUGUACGCUCAUCUCCACCUCCUUUUUUUUCCUCCUUUCCCUCCUCCUCUUCCUCCUCCUCCUGUCUCUCUCUCUUCCUUUUUUCCUCCACUUCCUCCUCCUCCUGUCUCUCUUAUUCUUCCUCCAUCUCCUUCUGUUUCUCUCUUCCUCUUCUUCCUAUUCCUCCACUUCCUCCUCCUCCUCCUCUAUCUCUUAUUCCUCCUCUUUCCAUCCCUCUCUCUCUCUCUGAUUCUUCCUCCUUCUUUUCCUCCAUUUCCUCUUCCUAUCUCCCUCUUAUUUUGCCUCCUUCCUUUUCUCUCUCUCUCUCUCUCUCUCUCUCUCUCUCUCUCUCUCUCUCUCUCUCUCUCUCUCUCUCUCUCUCUCUCUCUCUCUCUCUCUCUCUCUCUCUCUCUCUCUCUCUCUCUCUCUCUCUCUCUCUCUCUCUCUUCAACUAUCAGCCUGACUUCAAACUCCUCUUCAACAAAGGUUCUAAAUAAUCUGUAUAUCUUGCAUUUAAUGAGAGUUAGUGUGCAGUAAAUAAUAAACAUUGUCGACAUAA